CACACACAGACCACAUUAGCGCUCGGCUGAAAUAAUAACAACAGCAACAAAAACAAAAUUAUAACAAAAAAAAACAACAACAAAAAUCAACUUUAUACGAUUUUUUUUCUACACGCCUGUCAUGCUUUUUUGCUCACCUUACUAUACACCUUGCGGCUGACUCGGCUGUUUUCUAGCGCUAACGUUCGUCCGCUUCCGGUUAGCGGCUCAAAUGUUGUUUCGAUUCCUGCUACAACUACAAAUAUCAGCUAUAUGUCGGCAUACAAAACACCACCGUUUCAUUGCCAGCGCAUUCCGUACUUGUCUAAUUGGCUCAUACUCAUACUCAGGCAACAACAAAAAUACUUGAUGGCAGCAAAAGGAAAGGAAAAAUCCUCCCUCGUUCGCGUUGUGCUAACACUUAGCCAGCCUGCGUGUCAGCGUGCCAGGCGAGCCGGCCUAGCCUAGCCUAGCCGGGUCAUGCAUUUCGAAUUCAGUUAGUCAGUUAAACGCAUACGCUCGCAGGGCUAACAUGUAGUCCUGCGCCUACAACGCAACAUCAAUUUGGAUCAACAGUUUUACGUUUUAUUCAUUUUUUGCUUUCAUUUUCGCUGUGCAUUUGUUAAGUUGAAAACUAUUAUUAUUAUUUUGUCGUACGUACAAAAAGUGUUUAUUAUUUGUGCCGAAGUGUGAAAUAUAACAAGUACGCAGUGGACUUUCGUUUUUUCAUUUAUUACGAUUUGUUUGAGAAGGCGGUACAACUCUUUGAAUUUCUACGUUAUAUAAUAUCUAAGCUGUGUACGGGUACCAUUUUUGGGUUCAAAUUGUUUUUUUGGUUGAUUUAUUUUGCGUACACUCAACCACACAACUUCAACAUGGCUGCCCAACAGAACUCCACGCUCAUCUACGACAAUUUGGAUGAGUGUCCCUCGCUGCUAAAGGAACCCGAAGAGCUGAGCAGUUAUAGCCCGAUCUUACCAUUGAAACGUCAAAAUAAUGCUGUGAAACAACACUUCAAACAAGCCGAUAACAAUAACAAUAAUAAUGACAAUAAAAAUUCGAAUGUUAAAGAAUUUCAUAAAUAUCGGAAAUAUGCAAAGGGUCGCCAUCAUGGCAACUAUGCAGCGAGCAGCUGUAGCACUAAGAGUAGCAGGAGUCGCACGAUAUCCUUAAGUGGCGUCACUAGUACGGAGGAACAAGGCCACAAAGAAAUACCCAUUUGGCUAGGCGAGGAACCACGUUACGUGUCCGGCGUAAAUAAGCGCACCACCUGCAAUGACAUUAUUAAAGCUUUGAUUGAUGAUGAAAUCCGUAAUGGCGACAAUCACGAUUUUUUUGCCAAUCGUAGCAAAUCUGGCGCAGCAUCGCGUGACUACAACGAUUAUGUUAUAACUGAAAGUUGGCGCGGUAUCGAGCGCAGCUACGAUGGCAAUAUGGCAAUUUUGCCCGUUUGGAAGGCCUGGAGUCGUGUACACAAUGAGAUCCGCCUUAGCCUCAAACACCAUAAAGAUGUCGCCGAACCAGUACCACCAAAACAGAACGGCAGCUGGUUGCAAACGCUACGAAAAUAUUUAGCCAAACUGCUGAAAUUUCCGAAACGAAGUAAUAAAAUGCUGCCACCUGCUAUAAACAAGCAACAAAAUGUACUGCUACCCAUCAAAGAAGAAGAAAGCGCCGAUGAGAUCGUCUUCGUACUAUUACCCGAUAAGAAAUAUGACAAUACAGCAGCGUCGCCCAAAACCAGUUUACUUACACAUACUGCCUGCAAUACGAACGAUCCCAUAACAAAAGCUGAGAUGCUGAAAAGAAAGCUCUACAGUCUUUCGGAGACACGUGUGUCCAUGCGCCGCAAACGACGCGGUAGCAAAACACCAAAGCGCAAAAAUCCACAAACACGCGAAAAAUUACCGCCUCAGAUGCAAGAACUGGCAAAUAACUGUAUACGCCGACGCAAAGAUGCGCCUUUACGGCAUUCCAUUCGCCAUAAGUUGGCGCAGAAGACAAACGAAAUCGAUACGCUCUACAAACGUGAAUAUGUGCUCACACAGCGUUUAACACAUAAAUGUCAGCUUUACAAGCUGCACAAUGAGCUCUAUGCCAAGGCGGAUCAACGUCUGGAACUCUCUAUUGGCCAGAUACAACGAAAUGUCGAACAGUAUGCCGAACAAAUCAUACAGACCGAACAGGAAUUGCGUGAGUUGAAGCAUGAAAUCAAGCAGGACAUAUCGAUUGUGAAUAACCUCAAGCGUAUGGCUUUGAAUACGGCGGAGAAUGUGAAUGAGUGUGGCAUACCCUUCUUGCCGAAAUUGGUUGAGGAAGUACAGCCUGUAGAGCAAACGCCGAAUGGUGUGGCCAAUGCGGAAAUGCAAUUUGUUGAUAAUAUUUAUGAGUUCUGUGACAAUAAUGCCAGCAUGUUGGUGUGAAUUUGAAUAUCCUCACAGGCAUAACAAAUGCGAGUUCAUUUUUGUUAUAAUAUGCCCACAAUGAGAAAUAAAAUUCCAGCUUAUAUAUGAUUUCUGUAUUUAGGCUUAAACCCUACUCAUAAACACAGAGUUUACCAAUCGUAAACACGACUUAAACACCAAGUUGUUGACAUUUAAUAAGAUUCUACCCAGUACCCAGAUUUGGUAUAAAUAUUGAAAGUUCAGUUAAAAACUACUCUCUAACACGGAGUUUACUCUACAUAAACUCGCCUUAAACACCACUUUUUUUGGUAUUUAAGAAAAUUCUACAACAUUUUAUUAUUCAAUAUAGCCAACGACUCCAUUUGACAGUUCGAAGUCGUACACACUUGGAAAAUUGCCAAAUAUCAAUCAGAGUUUCUUAAACACUCAUUAUAAAAAUAAUUAUUAUUUGUUAUAAAAAAAUAUUUUUUAGAAUAAUUUAACAUAAACUUAUUUUAUUCCACGUACUGCCAAGAUUUUUAAGAAUAUAUGGUAACACCGUUUGUGCCUAAGAAACAAUUUGACGGAUUGUUUUACAGUGUAAUUAAUAUUCAAAUUCUAAAAUUUUUAUUAAUCAUAAUUUAUUUAAAAUUAUUUAAAGUAUUUUUCAAUAAAAAAUGUUAUUAACCUUCCGACAAUAUUCGUAAUUAAGUCAUAUUAUUAUCAAAGAAACCCACUACUUGUUACUAAAUAU